UAAAUUCAUCUCCUUUCUAGUGAUAUGGGUUGUGUUUGUCCAGGUGUUUCAGUAUUGAAGGAAUGGAGGAUUUGACCUGGAUUUUGAACAUGGGAAUCAGCCAAAUUCGACCCCAAAAUGGGUUGGAGGAUCAGAACAAGGUUGAAAGCCCUGGAAAAGAAAAAGAGGUGGUGUCUACUGAAACCGAGCAGGAGACCGAGACCCAUUUGGUUCAGGAGAAUCCGGAUCCUGUCCCUAACAAAGGCCGCACUGCGAAAACCAAACCCAAGCGCAAGAGGCGAGUAAGUGGUGAGGAAAAGACCGUGGUGCCGGCAAUGCCCUCUGCCAGACCAAGGAAUGAGAGCACCGAGGGCCCAGAGGAAGGAGAAGUUCAGAAUGAAACUGAGCUAGUGACUGAACCCCAGAUGAACCAGGGUCGAAGCGGAGAUGGAGACAAGGACCCCAAGAAGCUUCGACGAAUGCUGGCUAAGAGGCAGUCCGCGCAGAGAACUCGUCUUCGAAAGCGCCAGUAUGCUUUGGAACUUGAGGGUCAAGUGAAAGCUCUCGAAAUCGAGGUUGCGAUUGCUCCCACAAGGAUCAAGUAUUUUGAUCGGCAUAAUUCUUCUCUGAAAAUGCAAAGCAGUUUGAUUGAGCAAAAAAUCUCAGUCUAUACUGAUGAACUUGUGUCCAAAAGAGCUAAAUACGAGAAUCUGACACUGGAGAGGGAGAUGCUGACCCAGCUUUAUAUGCUGCAACGCCAACGCCGUCUACAACAGUCAAGCAUGGCGCCGCCCGAUCCUGGGCUUCAGGCCAUGAACAACAUGAACUGGAACCAACCACGAGCUGGGCAGCUGGUGGGUCCUGGUCAAUUGAUGGGUCAUGGUCAGAUGGUGGGGCAAGGUGUGGAUACAAUGGCGAAUAUGAACGUGAACCAAGCUGGGCCACAGCGGUUUAUCAGACCUGGGUUGCAGCCUGUUCUGAACAUGAGCUUCAACCAGCCUCCAGGGACUAAGAAUAUGCUGAACUGUCCAAGUUUCAACAGAUUGGGAAUGUGAAUUAGCUUCUACCCAAUUGGUGUGGGAGAGAUGAUGAAUUUGAGUUUGAAUUCAUAAUUUCUGCUGUAUCUGAUGAAAGCACUUUUCUCCUCCAGCCUCUUUCUCGGUUGCCAAAGUAGAGAAUAAAAGGUUUCU